CCCUCUGAGUUCUUGCAGACCCAUUGUGAAGGCAGUGGGGACGGACAUCGCAUUGAGCUGGCCCACGGCACGACUACCUUGGCUUUCACCUUCCAGCAUGGUGUCAUUGUAGCCACUGACUCCCGGGCUUCGGCCGGCAACUACAUCUUCUUUCCCCGCCUCCCCUCCUGUCGCCCCCCCUCCAGGCUGUACUACCUGCGCAACAAGGAGCGCAUCAGCGUCUCGGCGGCUUCCAAGCUGUUGGCCAACAUGCUGGCCGAGUACCGGGGGAUGGGGCUCUCCGUGGCCAGCAUGGUGUGCGGCUGGGACAAGAAGGGUCCCGGUCUUUAUUACAUAAAUGAUUUUGGGGUGCGCCUGAGUGCCCCCCUCUUUUCCACUGGAAGUGGAAGCUCGUAUGCCUAUGGGGUGCUGGACAGUGGGCACCGGCAGGACCUCAGUGUGGAGGAAGCCUAUGACCUUGGCAGAAAAGCCAUCUCUUACGCCACCCACCGUGAUGCCCACUCAGGAGGGGUUGUGAACAUGUAUCACAUGAAGCAAGAUGGCUGGAUCCGGGUUGGGCUCACCGAUGUCGACGAACUGCUCCAUCGCUACGCAGAGGAGAAGAAGUGAGGGCUGUGAGGGAGAGCGGAGAGGCUGGCAGAGAAGUCCGGGGUUCAAGAAACGUUUCCGACGCUCAGGGUUGAAGGAAAGAAAGGGACAAACACGCGGUUGGACGGGGCCAACAAUAAAAAAAUAUACGGAGCACUUAGA